AUGACCUUGCUGCUGGCUUCAAAUGGCGAGAUUGGCAGCUUGGUUUUCGACUUUUGGAAUACCAUAAAUAUCAAAUACACGCUGCGCGGGUGGGGCCAGCUCGUGGACGGCACCAAGGUGAACCCGGAACUGCUGGAGGUGGGCGUCACCGCGUGGGACAACGUGGAUUGCGCGUUUUCCGUGCAUUUUGGGGACGCCGGCGAUGCCUUGACCGUGGCGUCUGCCAACGGGGACGACCACCUCGUCGCUGUGUUCAGCUGGAGCGUCGAGUGCGACGCCCAAGGGGUGCCUGGCGUGUACACGCGUUUGUCCAAAGUGCGCUCGUUCGUGGAGCCCUUCGUCGCGAAGGUGUCCCCUCGUUACAGCUUCUAA